UCGCCAUCCUUUGGUGACUACAUUUACUAACCUGCAAACCUGAGACCUCAUUUUGGAAACCUUGUGGUCAUCGAUACAGAUUUCCAGCUCAGAACUUCCAGUAAAGUUAGUUCAUCUAUCUCUACCACAUGGCCUCUGCCUGGGCUGAAGAGGAGAGCUUCCUGUGCUCUGUGUGUCUGGAGACCCUGAAGGACCCUGCCACUCUACCAUGCGGACACUCCUACUGCUUGGCUUGUAUCAAGAACCACUGGGACAAGCGAGACAGCAAGGGUCAGUACAGCUGCCCCCAGUGUAGGCAGGUCUUUAACCCUCGUCCAUCGCUGGCCAAGAGCACUGUGCUAGUGGAGGCCAUGGAAAAACUGAGAGCCAACAGCCUAAAGCCGCCAGCUUCCUCAUCCGUGCCUGCCUAUCUGGAGGUCCUGCCGAACACAACGAUAACACAAAGACCAGGCAGCAUGUACCCACAGCUUCCCACAGUGGCUCCCAGAUCCUGUCCGAAACACAACCUGCCCCAGGACCUGUUUUGCCAGGAAGACAAGGAGUGUGUGUGUGAGGUGUGCUGCCUGCAUGAACAUGAAGGGCAUUGUGUGGUCAAACCAGAAAAUGAGAGGAAACAGAGGCAGAAAGAGCUUGAUGAGAUGCACACAGAGGUACUUAAGAGAAUCAAGGAGACUGAAAGAAAACUCAAGGAGAUUCCACAUGCUGCUCGCCAGCACAAGGCUUUGGUUCAGGCACUGGAGAAGGAGAGCACAGAUGUAUUCUCUGAUAUGGUGAAGAAUGUGAAUGUCACAGGUGUGCAGGUUGGCGAGCUCCUCAGCACCCAUGAGAGUGAGUUAGGCAGCCAAGUUGAGGGUCAGAUCCACAGACUGGAGCAGGAGGUGACACAGCUCCUCUGGAAAAGUGAGGAACUGGCAAGAAUUUCUGGUGUGCAAGACCACAUCUGCUUUUUGAAGAAUUUCUUCACCUUGAAUCCACUGGGUCGGACGGACGGCACAGAAGACUCAGUUCUUGGUCAGGAGGAUGCUGUUGUGGCCUCUGUUAGAUCAGUGAUGAAAGAACUGCAGGUGGGGAUACAGGAUCUUUGCGAAGACAGUUUGCAGAAAAUCGCCAAACUGGUGAAUCAGGACUCCACUGCUUCAACAUUCAAUGGUGUGGAAACGGUCAGCGGACCACAAACUGAUGAGUCUUGUCAGGCCCCACAACAAAAUACAGUGUAUGAGACCAUAGCAGACCAACCACCUCUUCCACCAGCAAGACCCGGAGGACCCGAGCCUUCAAGGCAAACGCGCCCUUUGUCUUUCCAAGGAGCGUCGGCGCCCCCUCUGCCCAUCCCUCCUCUUCAUCCUCGAGCAUCUUCUGUAACAAUGGGAGCUGUGAAUCCAGAGCCAAAAACUAGAGAGGAAAUGUUAAAAUUUCGUUUUGAGCCCACGAUGGAUCCCAACACAGCAUACCGCCAUGUGCAGCUGUCAGAUGGAGGCUGUAAGGCCACUUUACGGGCUGAGAACAUGAAUCCACCUGAACAUCCUGAACGCUUUCAAUUCUGGAGGCAGGUUCUCUGCAAACAGCCACUGGGAGGAAGCCCUUACUACUGGGAGGUGGAGUGGACUGGCCAGAAGAUCACCCUUGGUGUCACCUACAAAGAGAUCGAGCGCAAAGGCUCUGAUGACAAAAGCCGUUUGGGUCACAACGCUCACUCCUGGAGCCUGUACUGGUCCGGGAGCGGCUUCUCCUUCUGGCACGACGGGCAGGAGAAGCUGCUGGGCUCUCCUAAGGCCAGACGGAUUGGCGUCUAUCUAGACCAGCAGGUGGGGAUUCUGGCCUUUUACAGCAUCGCCAACAACAAGGCCAGCCUCAUCCACCGACACCUGACGCAGUUCUCCGGGCCCCUGUAUCCAGGAUUCAGGUUCUGGUCUGGAGCAGGGUCUGCAGUGACAGUCUGUCAGUUGGACUGAGUUGUGUAACAGUAGUGGGAAGAUGUUUUCAUGAUUUAAGGAGGUUUGACAUUUAACUGAUGAUGUAAAAAAAAAAAAAAAAUGCUACACAAUCAAAAAAAUGUUCCAUUGAGUUCAAUAAUCUAUUCUUGUGAUAUUUAUGUUUGAU